AUGGACCUGCCACAUCCACAGCUCGAACCUGCCAGACUUCUUGACUCCUUCUGCUCUGUGGAGAAGAUACUGCAGUGCAGCUGUUCCUUCCAUGGUGUCCCCACUCCCUCUGUACGAUGGUGGGUGGACGGAGCUCCUGUGGAUGUGAACAGUGGACAUGGCCACUUCCAGGUGGCCUCCACCACACUUGGUCCCUGGGACAACAGCACCCUCAGCCUGGCUAGGAACUCAGAAAUGGGCACAGUUCUUCUCUGUGAGGGGAAGAACCAACAUGGAAUCCAUGGUUUGAGCAUCCUACUGAUGUCAAGAAAGGGCCCUUUGGCUCCCCAGAUUUUCCUGGAAGCUCUGCUACGGGGUGUUGUCUAUGCAGCCAUGGCAAUCACACUACUUUUUCUCUGCCUCCUCCCAUUAAUAGUGAAACUUCUCAGGACAAAGCAGGCGAAGAAGUGUGCACAGAUGGGAGAACAGAAGAACUCUAUGGCUGGAACUGACCAGGGAUCCUGUUUAAAGUCCAAGGAGCCUAGGAAAUCCAGAACUAAGCUACCCUCUGAGGAGCAGCUCUCGGAAAAAGAAGAUAACCUGAAGUCAAGGAAGACCAUGGAAACGGCAUCACUUACGAAGUUUCCAUCACCCUGGGAAGUACAAAAACCCAUGGAGACCCCAGAACUCCCAAGUCCAUAA